AUGUCGGACACCAAGAGCUUGCCCACGCGGGAGCGUCGCCCGUCUAUGGGUGCCCCCAUCGUCGACAUCCAGGGCUCCGUCGGUCCUGCUGGCAUCUCCCGCCCCAAGCACAAGCGAACCUUUACCGGCUUCGGUGCUGGCGAGAUCAAGAGCGUCGAGGCUUCCAUCCCUGAGCCCCAGCGCGAAGCAUGGAACAAAGCCAAGGCUGCUCCCUUCAAGACCAAGGAGGAGUUUGAGACGGAUGUCGUCCGCCAUGUCGAGACCACUCUCGCCCGUAGCAUGUUCAACUGCGACGAGACGGCUGCGUACUCUGCCGCCAGUCUGGCCUUCCGCGACCGUCUGGUCAAGGAGUGGAACAAGACCCAGCAGCGCCAGACCCUCGUCGACGGAAAGCGUGUCUACUACCUCUCUCUGGAGUUUCUCAUGGGCCGUGCCCUCGACAAUGCCAUGCUCAACGUCGGACUGAAGGAUGUUGCCAAGGCUGGUCUUGACGACCUCGGCUUCCGCAUCGAGGAUGUCAUUGAGCAGGAGCACGACGCUGCCCUCGGAAACGGUGGCCUCGGUCGAUUGGCCGCCUGCUUCCUCGACAGUCUUGCUUCCCUCAACUUUCCCGCCUGGGGCUACGGCCUGAGGUACAGGUACGGUAUCUUCAAGCAGGAGAUUAUCGACGGCUACCAAGUCGAGGUGCCCGACUACUGGCUUGACUUUAACCCCUGGGAGUUCCCUCGCCAGGACGUGACGGUCGACAUCCAAUUCUACGGCCACGUUCAAAAAUCAACCGACGCCAACGGCAAGACGGUUGCCAGCUGGGAGGGCGGCGAGACGGUCACGGCCGUCGCCUACGACGUGCCCAUCCCGGGCUACGCCACCCCGUCCACGAACAAUCUGCGUCUGUGGUCCAGCAAGGCUGCCAGCGGCGAGUUUGACUUCCAAAAAUUCAACAGCGGUGACUACGAAAACUCGGUCGCCGACCAGCAGCGUGCUGAGACGAUCAGCGCCGUCCUCUACCCCAACGACAACCUGGAGCGUGGAAAGGAGCUCCGCCUGAAGCAGCAAUACUUCUGGGUGGCCGCGUCCCUCUACGACAUUGUCCGUCGUUUCAAGAAGUCCAAACGCCCCUGGAGGGAGUUCCCCGACCAGGUCGCCAUCCAGCUGAACGACACGCACCCUACGCUGGCCAUUGUCGAGCUCCAGCGCAUCCUUGUCGACCUCGAGAAGCUCGAGUGGGAUGAGGCGUGGAACCUCGUCACGGCCACGUUUGGCUACACCAACCACACCGUCCUGCCCGAGGCCCUCGAGAAGUGGCCCGUCGGUUUGGUCCAGCACCUGCUGCCCAGACACCUGCAGAUCAUUUACGACAUCAACCUCUUCUUCCUCCAGAGCGUCGAGAAGAUGUUCCCCAACGACCGUGACAUCCUCGGACGGGUCUCGAUCAUAGAAGAGUCGCAGCCCAAGAUGGUCCGCAUGGCCUUCUUGGCCAUUGUCGGCUCCCACAAGGUCAACGGUGUCGCCGAGCUGCACUCGGACCUCAUCAAGACGACAAUCUUCAAGGACUUUGUCAACAUCUACGGCCCCGACAAGUUCACCAACGUCACAAACGGCAUCACCCCGAGACGCUGGCUGCACCAGGCCAACCCCCGCCUGUCGGAGCUCAUUGCUUCCAAGACGGGCGGCCACGAGUUCCUCAAGGACCUCACCCAGCUGAACAAGCUCGAGCUCAGCAUCGACGACCAGCAGUUCCGCAAGGAGUGGGCGGAGAUCAAGUACGCCAACAAGGUACGCUUGGCCAAGUACAUCAAGACCACGACGGGCGUCAGUGUCAAUCCCGCCGCGCUCUUCGACGUCCAGGUCAAGAGAAUCCACGAGUACAAGCGCCAGCAGAUGAACAUCUUUGGCGUCAUCCACCGAUACCUGACGCUCAAGGCCAUGUCUCCCGAGGACCGCAAGAAGGUGGCGCCGCGCGUCUCCAUCUUUGGUGGAAAGGCUGCCCCCGGCUACUGGAUGGCCAAGCAAAUCAUUCACCUGGUCAACAACGUUGGCGCUGUCGUCAACAAGGACGAGGAGAUUGGUGACUUGCUCAAGGUCAUCUUCCUCGAGGACUACAACGUCAGCAAGGCCGAGAUGAUUAUCCCCGCCUCCGACUUGAGCGAGCACAUUUCAACCGCCGGUACUGAGGCUUCGGGAACGAGCAACAUGAAGUUUGUGCUCAACGGCGGUCUCAUUAUCGGAACAUGCGACGGUGCCAACAUUGAAAUCACCCGCGAGAUUGGCGAGAGCAACAUCUUCCUCUUUGGCAACCUGGCCGAGGAUGUCGAGGAUCUCCGCCAUGCACACACCUACGGCUCCCACUCGAUCGACGAGAACCUUGCCAAGGUCUUCUCGGCGAUUGAGCAGAGCACCUUUGGCUCGCCGUCCGACUUCCAGGCCCUCAUCUCGGCCGUCCGCGACCACGGCGACUACUACCUCGUCUCGGACGACUUCAACAGCUACAUUGAGACGCACCACCUCGUCGAUGAGGCGUACAAGAACCAGGAAGAGUGGAUCACCAAGUCCAUCACCAGCGUGGCCCGCAUGGGAUUCUUCAGCAGUGACCGUUGCAUCAACGAGUACGCAGAGGAGAUUUGGAACGUCGAGCCUCUCAAGGUUGACGAGUAG